AUGGUCUCUCAACCUGCCACGAAAGCGAUCUCCAAGAAAGCUAAGACCUCAAGGGUUGCUCCAGCCCCGAAGGCCGAUGUUAAAUCAACUGCAUCACAUCCGUCCUGGAAGGACAUGGUCAAGGAUUGUAUCACCGAGCAUUCCCAGGAUGCUCGCACCGGUGUCUCUCGAGCUACUAUUAAGAAGUUCAUCAGCGAGAAGUACAACGUGGAAUUUACUGGCAUGAAUGCAUCACAAUUGAACCGCGCUAUCGCACACGGUGCCGAACACGGCAUCUUCUCAUUACCCAAAGGUCCCUCGGGCAAAGUGAAGCUUGCUCCCAAGCUCAAGCCCGCCCCUGCCAACGAGAAUGUGAAGCCGUUGGGUACGAAGAAAACAAACAAAGAUACCUCUGCUGCCGCGCCGUCGGCCAAGCCAGCGGUGAAGAAGGUUGCAGUUAAGAAGGCAACCGCUGCGCCAAAGAAGACCAGCAGUGCUAAGGUAGAGAAGAAGAAGCCGGCUGCAAAGGCUGCCGUCGCUGCAAAGGCUGCUUCGAAAGCCAAACCCGCGUCCAAGGCGAAGACCGCGACGAAGAAGACCGCAGCGAAGCCGAAGUCUGCCGCUAAGCCCCAGUCCGCCGCGAAACCGAUAUCUGCGACCAAGCCAAGGUCGACGAAGACGGCUGUGUAA